AGACGGCGCUCUCGCACGUGAACUUAAGUGUCCUCUGUCUCUCACUCUCACUCUCACUUUGCUCUCGCACGCUCUGUUCUUGCUCGCUCUCGCUCUGUUCUUGCUCGCCGCCGCCGGCCGCUCCGCUCCGCGUCGCGCUGCCGCCGCCGCCGCAUCGUCAUGGUGUCCUGGAGUGAAAGCGACGACAGCAGCGAGCACACUAGAGCAGUACAUCAGCUCUGAUUCUGACGACGGCAGGGUGCAGGUCCCUGCUUCAACUGAGGACUCCGAUUUUGAGGGCCCUGAAGUUGAAAUGCAGGUUUUGUGCCAUGGUCACGGGAAGUUAGCAGAGAGGCGCGUUGCUUUUGAAGGAAUUCUAACUGGGAGGAGGUUUCUCUGUUGCGCUGAGAAGGAAGGUAGAGACUGUGGACUAGUUAAAUGGAUUGAUCCUGCUUGGCCCAAUACCCUUGAGAAUGCAUUGCACAAGUUAUGGUUGAUGUAUGAAGACAACAAGAGACAGAGGGCUGAGGACACUCUGAUGAAUUCUUUUGAAGUUCAUAACCUGACACAAGAGAAGAAAAAGUUGCAGGUCAGCUAUGAGAAGCUGGUUGAAGAUGUCAAUGAACUUGUGGAUGCCCAGCAACGUAGGGUAGAGAUAGAAAAGACAGAUGCUGAUACCAAGAAGUUGGAGGAGAAGUAUGAGAUGGUGAAGAACCUGGCAGUUGCUCAGGCCAGUGUCAUUAGGAACAUGAAGCUCAAGCUAGCUGAAGAGAGGAAGAACUUGCAGAUCCAAAUUGAUGAGCUACAGAAGAGUGUUGAAGAGAGCAAUGUGAAGCUGCAUGAGAGUAAUGUGAAGCUGCAGGAGAGCAAUUUGAAGCUGCAGGGGAUCAAGGCCAUUCUAAAUGAAUGAUCACCUGGCUGUGGAAGAGGGCACUAUCAUUUGGCAUUUGCUUACCUUUUGUAGGGUGUGGUUGGCUGUGCUGUAAUGAGAUUAUGGUUUUAAUUUCCUGAACUAUGGAUCUGUAAAGUACUAAUCUAGUAC